UCCAAUGUCUUGUCUAAAAUGACUUCAAUGACAGACAAGCAAGAGUACAUUGAGUAGGUACCUACAAGACAGACAAGACAAAAAUCUUCGAGUGGAAAAUGCUAGAUAUAAUAAAUUACAUAUGUAGCUAUGUACUUUAAUUUAAUUUUGUGUGUGUAUUUUUGUCUCUCCAGUACCUAUAUUGUAUAGAAAAAGUUUCCUGACGUAUUUAGGUACAGAAUAACAUCGCAAACAUGAGCACUAUAAAAGAACUUGAAAAUAAACUCAGGGAAGUCGAAAAAGAAAUUAAACAAGUCGAUGUUGAGCUAUAUAAAUGGAGAAAAAGACAACAACAUCUUCAUGAGAGAAAAACAGAGUUGAUCAAUUCUAUCAACACAGUGAAAUCUAAUAAUUUAGCGAGCGUGGACUGGGCCGGCACAGAAUACGAAUGGUCUGAAAAAGUCAAGAAUAUUUUACAGGAAUCAUUUAAAAUACCGUCGUUUAGGCCGAAACAGUUGAGUGCUAUUAAUUCUACACUGUCGGGACAGCAUGCAAUUGUUGUUAUGCCUACUGGGGCAGGUAAAAGCCUUUGUUAUCAGCUACCUGCUUUAAUCAAGCCUGGGCUCACUGUAGUCAUUUCUCCCCUUGUGUCAUUAAUGGAAGACCAAGUCAGAUCUCUUUCCAAAAAGAAUAUCCCUGCAAAACUCAUGACUAGCACCAGUACAAAGGAAGAAACUAUGGCAGCUCUGAACAUGUUGAAGGAUAAAAACUGCCCAAUUCAGUUGCUGUAUGUAACUCCAGAAAGAUUAGCUAAAAGUAAGAGAUUUAUGUCAAAUUUGCAGAAGUGCCAUUCUGAAGGUCGUUUGCAGAGAAUUGCUAUAGAUGAAGUACACUGCUGCUCUCAGUGGGGCCAUGAUUUCAGACCUGACUAUAAAUACCUUGGUGUAUUGACCAAUUUGUUCCCAAAUAUACCUUUACUAGGAUUAACAGCAACUGCUACAUCCCAUGUAUUAAAUGAUGUUCAAAAAAUUUUGAACAUUCCUGGCUGUCUUAUUAUAAAAUCCACUUUUAAUAGACCCAAUUUAUAUUACAAAAUACUCGAAAAGCCAACGUCACAAGAAGAAUGCCUUAAAAUUCUGGAGAAAUUAUUGAAAUACAGAUAUAAUGGUGAGAGUGGUAUUAUUUACACACACAGUAUAAAGGAUGCUGAAGAUAUUACUGAAGGGUUACGAAAAAGAGGCUUGAAAGUUGGAUGCUAUCAUGCCAAUAUGGAAGCCAGUGCAAGGUCUAGUGUUCAUUCCAAAUGGCAUGAUAAACAUUACCAAGCAAUAGUGGCCACAGUAGCUUUCGGAAUGGGGAUUGAUAAACCGGAUGUGAGGUUUGUCAUCCACCAUACUAUUAGUAAAUCUAUGGAGAACUAUUACCAAGAGAGUGGAAGAGCUGGUCGGGAUGGGAAGAGAGCAGAGUGUGUGACAUUGUAUGGAAUGCAAGACCUAUUCAAAGUAAGCACUAUGGUUUUCUCAUCUGUUGGAAGUCUAGACCAUUUGUAUGGAAUGGUAAAAUACUGUCUGAAUGGUACUUUGUGCAGGAGGCAGUUAAUAGCUCAGCACUUUGAUGAGGACUGGGGAACUGCUGACUGCAACAAGAUGUGUGAUGUUUGCAGUCAUCCUAUUAGUAAUGUAAGAGAUAUAAACUUGGUACCACACUGCAAAACAUUAUCUAGUAUUCUUGAAAAUGCUGAGAAACUAGAUACAAAGUUGACGGCACAGAAGCUGUUGGAUGCUUGGUUUUUAAAAGGUCCUGUUAACCUUAGGAAUAAGGGCAAGGAGCCUAGUUUUUCUAGGAAUAUAGGUGAAGAUGUGAUAGCUUUUUUGCUUACAGAAAGUUACCUUAUGGAAGAUUUCCAUUAUACAGCAUACUCCACCAUUAGUUAUAUAAAGAAUGGACCUAAUAUGGAUAACACUUCUGAAUUAAUGAUGCCUAUAAGGAAGUACUCAUCAUUUGAAUUGCAAGAAAAAGCCCCCAAUCAUUUUAAUUCACCUGUGAUCACAGAUGCUGAACUUUGUAUGGAGUCUAAGGAAAGUAAAUUGAAGAAAAGGAAAUCUAAAGAAUCAAGCCCAGAUAUAAGUGCAAAGAAAUCUAAAAAGUCAAAACCAAUCAUUAUAGAUGAUGAUGAUUGAAACUAAUAAAUAAAAUUCAUCACAU